GUUCGAUGCGAAAUCCGAAAAUAAGAACCAAUCACGUCUCUUGGCGUAAUCAAAUGAUGAAAGAGGGAACGUUUUAGCUUAUUUUAGCAUUUUUUUUCCACCGAGGUGAGGUGAAAAUUGAAAAAUGGCCUUGUUUUUGUGUUAUUUGAAGUGUUGCUGGAUAUAUUGAUUAGUCGCGGUGGAAAUCGUGUUAAUUGAUUGAAACUCAUCCGAAACAAGUUGUUUUCAAUCAUCGAACAUGCCAAAGAAACCACCUCCUAACGGUUACUACUUCUUCAUGAAAGAUUGGAAAGCUCGCGAAGAAAGAUUCGGUCGUAGAUUUCCAAACGGUAUGAAAGAUGUGGCAAUUCACGCUUCCGAAGACUGGAAAAAUUUACCCCCGCAAGAAAAAGAACGCUAUAAUAAGAUCGCCAAAGACCACCGCCACGAUCCCAGACCCAACGUACCGAAAGCCGAAGAAAAAAGGUACAAUAGCUUCGGCGUAAGCUUCGCUGAACUGGAAAGACAACGUCAGGAGAAAGAUGCCAGGAUAAAGCAAUCGAAAGAUUUCCUUUUUAAUUUAGUCAACAGCAUGACAAUCGAUGAUUUAAAAGAGCAUCCGUUCUAUCUGAUCCACGUUAAUUAUUUCUGUAAAACCGAUCACGACGAGUAUCUUCCUGCGGAAAUAGCCAUAUCGGAAUUUUCACUAUUGAAUGGAGUGCAUAAAUAUUUUCAUCGUUUUUUGUCUCCUGGCACGAUUCCCACCGGAUACGCUUGCGAAGUAAAGGAACAUAGUGAUAAAUAUCAUAGAAUACCGUUCAAUCUAACUCGUAAUAUGGAUAAAUUUGAUGAAGUAUAUGCCCAACUGCGCGAAUUCAUGAAAGGAAAAUUUGUUACGUUUGAUAAUCCUCCGUUGUUCACCCUAACCGAUAAUGUGUUCGAUAACACAAGUACCAGCGCUGUGAAAAAGACAUUGGAACGGUUGUGGGAAAGUGCUCACUAUGGACCUGAUACGUACGAUACUUGGGAAAGCGAAUUCGGAGUGUAUUCGUUGGCUCAGCUUCUUUUCGAGAUGAAGAGAAAAAUUCUUGAUGGAAAUCCUAACGGAAUUUUACCUUUUCCGAACGAUGUGUUGGCGGAUGCGGAAUUACGUAAAGAUCUUUAUCAUUUCCGUUCCGAGAUGGCUUGCAAGUUCCAUCAAGUGGAGGACAAUUUGGCGUUUUGUAGCCAAUCGUAUGUGAUAAGGUGGGCUCACAUUAUUCGAGAUCAUUGCUGCCAUUAUUUGGGCAUUGAUACUGCGGCGUUACCAAAAACUUACGUAUGUGAUGCGAACGAUUUGGGUGACUUGGUGGAGGAUAUGAGUUUGAGGGAUGAUGACUUCAACGAUGCUAAGAGUACUUUAAGUGGUUACACAACUGUAAGUUAUGCUACCGAAAGAAGCGUUGGAUUUUCAUCGGUUAAAAGUGUCAAGACUGACACUUCAUCACCGGGUUCCCUUGCACCGUCGUCUACACUAUCUACCGCAACUUCAUGGGCAUCGGCGAUUAGUCAACCUAAACCGCCAUCAUCGGUGGCUUCUUCUUCAUGGGCUACCGCUAGUCAACCGAAAAAAGCACCAACUUUCGAUAACAAAAACUUUCCGUCCCUAGGAUGUGGCCGUGGUCGAGUUCCUUUGCAAAAGAGAAAUCCUUCUACUAAAUGAUCACACGGUGCUGUAGGUGCAAAAUUGAUUACCAAUGAUUUUAUAUUAGAAGGCAGAUUGCCCGAUUUUUAUAGAAAAUAUUAAGGAAAACAAUUUUUUUGUUCGGUUUUGUUUAUUAACGUUUUCUUUUAUAAAUACAUAAUUGUUUGAGAGAA